CUCGCGCACGCCGGAGAGAGAGAAAGACAGAAACAAGACUGGCCACCGCACGGAGAAAAAGGAGAGACGAGCCGGUCACCGAACAUGGCCAAAAACACGUCGCCUCGGCUUGAGAUUGUAGAGUCCGAUCAUUGCGCGCGUCCCAAACUCUCUCGUCCUUCUCCAAAAGCAUUCCGGCUAUGGCGCACGACACGCUGAGGACCCCGCCGGACGAGUGAGCGAGCGGGCUUGGGGGGGAGCUACCUGGGGAGCUGUGGACAAAAUGAGGGUCAUUUUUAUCCAGAAUGCCGGUUUUGUCGCAGCUUUUUCGCCCUCCUCUCUCAGAUACGAGUCGGUGAUGUUUUUAUCGGUAGCGGUUUGGUCGGUAGUGAAUUCAAGAUCACAUCCGCGCAUCGAGGGGUGAGAUCAUACCAAAUUAUUAUUAUUUUUUUAUGCUUCUUUUUUUUUUUUUUUUUUUUUUUUUUUUCAUUAUAGACAAUAUUUCAGCCUUGAGUUAUGAGUGGCUGCGGAUUUGGGCUCUAAGCUCGGAAUCUGAGGGCCUAUUUUAUGCCAAUACGAUCUUAGAUUUACAUAGAGCCAAUAUUUAAGGCUAUUAUUAUAAUGUAUAUGCACAGGGGAGCGAUUAUUACGCGAUUAUAACAUGAUUAGCUCAGAAAAGUAUCGUAGUUUAUCACGCUCACCAAUGACACAUGAUCAAGACAAUCUGGAAAUGCGCGUAAUUUCCAUAAUAUGAUAAGAAAACUACGCUAUUCUUUGUAAUUUAUUUAUUUAUUACUGCUAUUAUUACGACUAGUUUAUAGUAUUAUAUUAUCAUUUAGUAGAAAUAUUUAACUUUGGGAAGAUUAGUUAUUCUUUUUUGAGAUGGAGACCGCAUAUUUCUCGCCCCACCGGAGGGCAUCGCGCUCCGAAUCCCUGAAGGCUCACGCGUCCCUGGGCAGGCUGUCCCGGGUAGACCGCUCUCCUCCACCACCGCCACCUCCUCCUCCACCGGUACAGGCUGGCAGCUCACCCGAGGACACGGCGGGAGCAGCGGGCAUGAGCGAGGGACGGAGGAACUCAGGCGUGAAGAAGCACCACCACAAGCACAACCUCAAACACCGCUACGAGCUGCUCGAGACGCUGGGCAGGGGCACCUACGGCAAGGUCAAGAAGGCCAUCGAGAGGCAUUCAGGCAGAGUGGUGGCCAUCAAGUCCAUUCGAAAAGACAAGAUCAAAGAUGAGCAGGACAUGGUUCACAUCCGCCGAGAGAUCGAGAUUAUGUCAGCACUGCGUCACCCCCACAUCAUCUCUAUAUAUGAAGUGUUUGAGAACAAGGACAAGAUCGUGAUCGUGAUGGAGUACGCGAGUAAAGGAGAGCUGUACGACUACAUCAGCGAGAGGAGGCGCCUCAGCGAGAGAGAGACGCGACACUUCUUCAGACAAAUCGUCUCCGCUGUGCACCACUGCCACAAGAAUGGGGUGGUGCACAGAGAUCUGAAACUGGAAAAUGUGCUACUGGAUGAAAACUGUAAUAUCAAGAUUGCUGAUUUUGGGCUGUCCAACCUCUACCAUAAGGACAAGUUACUGCAGACGUUCUGUGGCAGCCCGCUCUACGCCUCACCUGAGAUUGUGAAUGGAAGACCGUAUCGAGGCCCAGAGGUGGACAGCUGGGCUCUGGGGGUGCUGCUGUACACUCUGGUCUAUGGGACGAUGCCUUUUGAUGGAGGAGACCACAAGAACCUCAUUCGCCAGAUCAGCAACGGAGAGUACAAAGAGCCCACCCAGUCCUCAGAUGCCCGUGGGCUGAUUCGCUGGAUGCUGAUGGUGAACCCUGAGCGCAGAGCCACAGUGGAGGACAUCGCUAACCACUGGUGGGUCAACUGGGGCUGGAAGAACAGCGUCUGUGACUGCGACACCCAGCGAGAUCACGGAGGCUCACCCAUGCUCGCCCGCUUCAUCGACUGGCAAAACCGCACUGAACCCAGGGGCGCCACCACCAAGCCCGCCCCCGCUAUACCCCUACGCCAACGCCCCAAGAAAUCCAAGAAGGAGAAUGUAGAAACGGGACAGUCCCACGGUGGAGCAGAGGAUAAACCGGGGCUUAAAAGGCCAAAGGGGAUCCUGAAGACGAGGGUGACCGAAGAGCAGCAAAGCGUGAACUUGGAUGAUGUGGAUUUGGGUCAGACCGCACUGCCGCAACAAGCCGAAGGAGGGGACGAGGUUUCAAGUCCAGACAAAGAUGACGAGGAACCAACACUAGGAGGGGGCUCGCCUGCCAAAAUGGUGCCCUCAAUGCCAAAGAAGGGCAUUUUAAAGAACAACCAACAACGGGAAUCAGGGUACUACUCAUCUCCAGAGCGUAGCGAGUCCUCUGAGCUGCUAGGAGGCGCCAGUAUGUCCGUAAUGGCCACAUCUCCGCCAAAAAGACGAAUGGGAAGGAAGGGGAUCUUGAAGCGAAACGGGAAGUAUUCGACGUACAGCGGGUUACCAUCGGGAGCGGCCGCGGUGGUCAGCGCUUUAGCCGAUCAAGCGAGCUCAACUGACGCAGGAUUGUCGCGAAGCCAGAGUCGGCCCUCCAGUAUCGUAGGGGAGGAUAGCGUCCUCUCCCUGUCCCCCACCUCUCUUAGCGGGGCAGAGUGGCAUUCGUCAACCCCUCACUGCCAUCCCAACAUCAGAGCGUGCGUAUCGGCCGAAAACCUCCUCCAACUCGCCAAUUUUAAGGGUUUCCAGGCCGCCCCACCGCUACAGGGUCCCAAAAUAAGCCGAAGUGCCAAGACCAAAGGCUCGCCAGGGGACAACGGCAGCUUCUCUUUGCUGGGAGACCUGGAGGAUAUGACUCAGGUUUAUCAGCAAGCCCUAGACAUCAGCAACAACCUCACAUAGAGACAUUAUAAAGACUGGGUGGCAGAGAUAACAUAGAAUUAUGAUGGGCAUAUGUGUGUUUACUAAGAGAAUGGCAUUAACGACCAGUGCGUUACUGGGAUACACCUAUUUUGGGAAGUUUUCCAAAUGUGGAUAAAGAGGAACAGUGCAGCUUAAGUGUUUUGAAGUUCGUUUUUUGCUCCUUAAAUCUACUCACACACUAGCUUUUCCCAGUUCGCCAACAAAAUCAUCCAAGGAAUCCAAGAGCUGAACUUUGAAAUUUUAACAAUUGUGGUUUACUGCAACGUUUAGCUGGUGGUCUUAUGAAAAAUUAAAACCAGAGAGCAGAGAAACCAGCAAAGUUGCAUUGUUUUUGUGCAUGUCAACACUGUAGAUCAGUCAACAGCUCAUCAAAUUCCAAGAUUAACUAAAGACAUCGAUACAAGUUGCAUUGUUCCUCUUAAAACCAUUGACGGGAAACAAUAUGGAAACACACAUUUGAACAAACCAGAUUUUUAGGAUUUUGUGAACGCGAGAGGAAACCGCUUCCUCGUGCUCGGCCCACCCAUAGACUUUGCUGUUUUCGCCAUGUUUACAUUUUCUGCAAGAAGGCAAGUUUAGAUCCACAAACUUAGCAACUGGUAGUGCGCCGCCCAAAAUCUUGAGUUUACAAAAGCACCUUAAAAAAAAACUCACUAAGAGCACACACACAUUACGCUUUUGUGAUCUUUACUUCAACAAAAACCAGGGUCUUGUUCCAAAAAUAUCUGACUUUUGCUGAUUAUUUAUUAUUAAAGUUUUGUAGCUUUUAAUUGUUAGGUUAAGUGCUAAACUGGAGGGCGACUGGCUUUUAGGCUACUGGAAGCUGGAAUUGACAUAUAUAAUAACUUUUCUCUAUAUAUUCUCAUUUUAACUAUAACUAAGUCUGCAGAUGUAACAUGCGGCUAUAUUAGUAUCAUUAUAAAAGUGUAGUCCUAUGUAAAAUAUAAGGGGAUAUAUAGGAAGUGCCUUUUUAUUCAUACAAAUUCAAUUAUGUAUGUCAUUUCCAAGCUGAAGCCAGGACGCCCCCAGUGUUUUUGAUUAUGUUUUAUGAAUGUGGAAGCCAACCCAGGACCUUUUAGCGCGCGGACAGCGAUAGCUUUACACAUCAGGGGUCAAAGUUUAAACAGUUCUCAUUAAGUUUUCUGCUCUACUUUUACUUUGUCAUGUUAAAGUUAUUUGGUUUGAACAUGUUUUAAGAGGAGUAGCCUACUAAUAACCUCGCAGACACAUUCUCAAAGUCGUGGAAUGCUCCCGGCAUUUAACCUUGCACGUUUUCAAGGCGAUACCUGAUAACGCAAACGCCAUUGAUAUUUUAUCGGCUUUUUAUUCGUGCCAAAGAUAUGUUGUGUCUUAUAAGUUCAUGUUUGACCCAAGGCGAGGAAGAGAAGCCAAAAUACUUCCUUUAGUAGGUCAAGCGUUAGUUUAAAUGAGUAUUUGUUUUUUUAAAAAUGGUAUAGGUGACAAACACUAGCGCUUUGCCAUUUUUGUUUUUUAUAAGUUCAUGUUUGACCCAAAUUGUGGAAGAGAAACCAAAAUAUCUGCUUUAAUAGGUCAAACGUUACGUCAAAUGAAUAUUCGUUUUAAAAAAUGGUAUAGCGACAAACACAAGCACUUUGCCAUUUUUUGUUUUUUAUAGUUAAUGUUUGACCUAAAUUUAAGAAGAGAAGCCAAAAUAUCUGCUUUAGUAGGUCAAACGUUACUUCAAAUUAAUAUUCGUUUAAAAAAAAAUGGUAUAGGUGACAAACAUAAGUGCUUUGCCAUUUUUUGAUUUUCAUAAGUUAACGCUUGACCCAAGUUGAAGAAGAGAAGCCAAAAUACUUGCUUUAGUAGGUCAAGUGUUACUUCAAAUGAAUAUUUGUUUUAAAAAAAAAAAAUAAUGGUAUAGGUGACAAAGUUACACAAGGUCUUUGCCAUUUUUUUGUUUUUUAUAAGUUAAUGUUUGAUCCAAAUUGGGGAGGAGAAACCAAAAUAUCUGCUUUAGUAGGUCAAGUAGUUCACAUGAAUAUGUGUUUUUAAAAAUGGUAUAUAGAAGCAAUUUGCCAUUUUCAGUUUUGAUGCAAUGAAAUUAAAACUAAAACUGUAACAUAUAAACCACAUAAACUGUCCAAAUCUUUUUUUUUUUUAAACCAAAAUAUAUGUAGCAUAGACAUGGGAAGAGUAGCCAAAAAGUAACGUCACUGCAGAUAUAAACUGAAACUGCAUUGUGCUCAGAGGCUGCACAGUUUUGCAAAAGUGUUCUAGUCUAGUAACUUAACGUGCACCACCUUUGCUGAAAUGCCACAUGAGGUUGCUGGUUUAAAGUGUGCUGCUGAUGACCAGGCACAUUCCUCUGGCUUGCUGUGUAGAUUUUAUCACUGAGGUGCAGGUGGUGGUGGUGGUGGUGCUGGUGCGUGUAGCUGUGCCCUCCAGCUGUGUAUGUGAGUCCAUUAUACCAUUCAAGCACCAUUAGUCAGCUAUUGUUUUCAUUAGAGUGUGAGAGAGAGAGAGAGUAGAGUUUUAGCAGUACUGCAAAGAAAGCACCUAAAUGAGAUUAAUUGACUUGGUAUUCACAAUUUCAAUAAGUAUUUUUAGUUGGCUGACCUAGAUUCAUGAGCACACAUUGAGAAAACAGCGUUAGAAAAUUGUUCUGGUUAAAAUGAUUCAAAAGGAGCUUAAAACGUCUAGAAUAUGCAAGUUAUUUUAUCUUACGUUGCUUUUUCUUUGCCGUGUAGAAGGUUCACAGUGUGUAAAUAAUAUAGAAGGACGCAAUGGAUUGUGCAGAGAUAAGAAGGAACUUUGUGAGCGUUUUGAAAGAAUCGUAAUGUAGAGUAGUAAGAGUUUAGUAAGUGACAUGAGGGAAGGCGGAAGGUUUUUGUUUUUUACCAAAGAAUUGAUCAGGAAGUGAAGUGUUUUGGAGUUUUGAGACUUGAAUUGGGAAACAUCCACGAGAACAUAGCGUACGAUAUAUCCAAAAAUAAUAAAGUGUUGCAGAAUAUUAGAAUUAUUUGCAGCCUGUAUUGUUCCAGCUUUAAAGUAUGUAGCGAUAUCAAGUCAAGACUAAACUAGAACUAAAAGCCCUAAAGCAGAAUUUUACCAAAUCUAAAGUGGGAAUACGCCAAUUCCAAAAACUGUUUUGAGUAAUAGUGUAUCUUUUGUUGUCAUGUUUUCAGAUGUUAUAGUUAAACUAGCUGUAAAGUACAACUAAACACUGUUGGGCAAGUUACUUUAAAACUGUAAUGUGUUAUUUAUGACUUACGACUAUUGCAGUACUUUUAAGUUACUCUGAACAAAGUAACUGCGAAGAUGCUGAACUUUUGCGCCGUAUAUGGACUGAACCAGGAUUAAACCAGGUCUAAACCAGAGCUGAACCAGGACUGAACCAGGACUGAACCAGGACAAAACCAGGUCUAAACCAAGACUAAACCAGGACUGAACUGUGGACUGAACCAGGACUAAACCAGGACUAAUCCAAAACUGAACCAGAACUAAACCAGGUCUAAACCAGGUAUAAACCAGGUCUAAACCAAGACUAAAUCAGGACCAAACCAGGACUAAUCUUGGACUAGAACUUGGAAACUAGGACCGCCCCAGAGAGAACCCCCUCAGCUGUGUUUAGCUCCAUGGACGUUCUGCGUCGGUCCUUUCGCUCCCGAUCAGGGUCUACACGGGUGCGUCUCCGGCGUUUCACUGCUGCUGAUAUUGCGGUGAUUUUAGCGAAUUUGUAUGAAGAGAAACAAAAAACUCACCACUUCAAUCCAGGUUAAAAAAGCUUUGUAACGUGCGUUACUGACAUUUGUACCGAGUCAAAUAUUACCACUUUUUUCUCUGUAAUGCUGAACAUUACUGCGUUACAGCAAAAAGCAAUGAAUUACAGUAAUUUGUUACUUUUAUCACAUGUUACUCCCAACACUGCAACUAAAUCAGCUCUAUAUAUACUUGUACUAAACAUGGACAACCCAUUACUUAAAGCAGGACUAGAAAUUGGCAAAAGCAGCUCUUAACAUGAACUAAACCACCAUCUAAGUCUACACUGGGUCUAAAGCAAGUCUAAAGCAGGACAUAAAGUUUCAGAAAUAGUGCACAUGACUUAUUGUAGGCUCCCCGCCGUUUGAAACCCCCUGAGAAUCCCUCCGGGCAGAGAACGACAUGAUUUGAGCGUUAUCUGUAGGACAUUGUUUUACUUUGUCUCCAGCCCGAGAUGCCAGAGGCUGUUUGUACAGCUUGCAGGGUCAUUCCAGUGUCCGCGUCUUGGCCCGGACAUUUUUGCGUUACAAAUUUCAUCAGGAGUUGAAAUAUGGGACAAGACUCGGUGACAUCAUCAAAAAUACCAAAUAACACAGAAAACCAAUGACCCCCUAGUGAAUACUGUUGAAUGUUUGAACCAAUGGGAAUCCUCCGUGUGUUCGAAAAGGUCCUGGGUUCCAAAAAAACGUAUUAUAACUUUGCAUUUUAUUGCCAAUUUUUAUUUUGUAUUGCAUUUUAUUGUCAACUGGAUUUACAGUGAGAAAAUUAUACUAUGUUAGUAUUUUGUUCUAUUAUGCUUCUGUUUUUGAUUUUACAAAAUAUAAGAAACGUAUUGCUUUAUGUUAUGGCAGAAAAGAACUUCCUUGCUUGAAGUCUCAGACGAAAUGAAUUUUGUUUUGGUACAUCUCUUGUCUUGGUUAACAGUUAAACGCCAGGAGUGGGUAGAGCUGGCACUUCAAAAUACUCUUACUUCAAAAUAACAUUGUUCACCUGUAAAUGUACAAAGGAAGGAACUGUUAAAGAGGCACUGUGUAACCUUUUUGGUGGAGGGCGUCCCACAUGUUUUGCUCAAUAGAAAUGCUGUUACUUUGCCUGGAAUGUUCCACAGUAUGGCAUUAAACUUCUCUGUCACAUUGCAAUAACAAGUUUGUGGAACAUUCUCAACAGAACCUCUGCCAGAAAAGUGAAACAGAGCCUUAAAAUAUAUUUUUUUAGAUUUGACAAAACACAAAUGAGCAAAUUGGGGCUAUUUUUGACAGUUAGGGAAACAUUUCUACCUUUUCUUAAUGUGUCACAAUAGAAAACUUGUGAAACCGAACAACUAGAACAUAGUGUGUAAAAGUAAUGUACUAAAAAUACAACCAUCUGUACUUCAGAUCUAUUUGUUUAAUUUCACGCCAGCUCCUCACUACCCACUUCUGAGGCUGCUGAGUCACGUCUCUAUCUAUGUAGGUCAGUGUAACAUUUCCAAAGCUAAACUCUGACUGAUUAAAAACAAUAUUUAAUUUGUCCAAUGACCUUCGUACCAAGACAUGAGCGCUCCACCGACAGAAAGGAAAGAAAAACAUCUGCCCAAACUGGAAUUAUUGGUGCAUAUCUGUUCGCAUAAGGCCUAAUCAUAGGAAGACUUGACUGGAUUUUGGUAUGACAGUAAUAAUAAUAUUAAGUAGUAGUAUUAUGAUGUUAUUUAAGUGUUAUUUUGGGUAAGGCUCAUUAUUGGCUUUUACUGCGAGUUUUUGAAUGGGAUUCUGGACUGCCAAGGUAGAAGUUGUGGUUGUGCCUUCGGUAUCUUUUUUACAAUGAAAUGUACUAUUACAUUGUGUUUUAUACGUGUAUUUAUUGGUGAUCAAGCCAUUUUGAAAUUGUUGCAUAAGAACUUUUGGCCAAUAUGUAAGAAAAACUGUAAAACGCUAAAUGCCAUUCUUGUUGUGAACAAAGUGGUAUCAUCUCAUUGUAAGGACACGUGUGUUAUGAAAUCAGUAAGAUUUUCUCAAAACUGUAAAAAAAAUGUCUUAAUUCAAACAUUUGGGGAUAUUUCUACUCAACAAAAAGCCUCUGUACUGUAUCAACUCAAAUAAACA